AUGGGAUUUCGUGUUAUGAUUUUGGCAGUUAUGGGCUUAGGCGCCAUGUACAUGAUGCAUCUAUUGGCCCAGGACUGGAAUCGCAUUAGGCCCAUACAACAGGUGACGAACCUGGCGGGACAAGUUGGCACCGUACUGAAUCUGCAGCGAAUACCUGCUCUGAUUGGGCAGGCCAGCAACGCAUUGAAUUUGCAACGUGGCAAACGCUCCACGUUGAGUCGUGAGUUGGACUGGGUGCAUGGCAGACCGGGGACGAGAGAUGGCGGCGAUGCUGCAGUGAAUCCGUCGAUGUCCAUUGAUUGGAAACGCAUUCUAUCCCGCGAUCCUUUCGAGUGCCUGCAAUCGCUGAUCUGUCAGCUCAUGUCCGGCGCUGAGUCGCAUUCCGCGGAGGCGGAGCUGCUGAUGAAUUACCUCGAAUCCACUGUUGAAAUGGCGCCAGUUAAAAUUGGACGCGCCUUCAGUCGUGGACUGGCGUUACGUGGCAGCAGUGAGCGUUGCUACAAUGAGUAUCCAUUCUGUUUGUACUCAGCCAAGACGAUGAUGCGUAUCCUGCGCUGGUUUAGCGAAACGGGCAGCGUGCCCGAAGACGAUGCAUAGUCAAACA